GUGUGAAGAAAGAGCAGGAUUUGUAUAUUAUGUUUGAUGUUUUUCGCAGUAAGAUGGUGUCGUAUUUUCAGGAAGAGGGUGUAUAUGAUGUAUUAGGGAUCACUGAUGUCAAGGUUGGCAAGAGGGGUGUGGAUCUAGCAGAGCUAAGGGGCAUCUUCGGGACUGAUGUGGUGGACAAGUCGUUGAAGUUGUGGAAUAUUAUCAUCAGCAAGAUUCUAUACCCUCCGAUCCAGAACUUGAUCAUGGCAUGUGAGAGUCCCCAGCAGGGGUGGAAGAUCGUCACGAAUUUCUACCAAGAGAAGAAGGAGUCUGAGAAGACUAGGCUUGAGCAAGAGUGGUUGGCGUUAGAAAUGCGUGAGUCGGAGAACCCACAGGAUUACAUAGCAAGGUCGGAAGCUCUUCGAUUACGUCUUGCCUCAGUAGGAACUAUCAAAGACACAACACAUGCUUACAAGGACGUUGUGCGCGGCCUUCCCCCAUCGUAUGCCGUGCAAAAAGGAAUAUUGCUAGCAAGCGAUGUCGUGACUUUGCAUGCCCUUGAGACUGUGGUGAGGGACGCCCACAUGGAGAUGGAGCGCGAGAGGAGCAAGGAGCAGAGGCGAGAGGCGGAGCUCGCCCUCGUCGCGUCCGGUGCGAGCCGGAGCGGCGGGGGCAAUGGGGGGGCAUCCGGGGGACAAGGAGUAGUCGACGGUCAAGACCGUGAAAUCCGUGAUGGCGAGAGAAACCGUGACGUGUUCGUCGAAGAUCCCACCGGUUUUUGCCGCUACCACCAGUCCGAACUACACACGAACGGGCAAUGCCGUUACCAGCAGCAUCUGCGGCGGACUCGCACGAGAGCAGCCGCCGAGGAUCGCCACGGAGGUGGCGGCGGAGGCCGUGGCGGCGGCUGGAGCCAGCGAGGAGGAAGACCGCCGUCGGGAGCCGGCCGGGGUGGCGGGCGUUGGGCGUACGUUGUGUACUACGCCCACGAUGAUGGUGGCUACUAUGAAGACUAUGGCGACUACGACGACGGCUACUACUACGACGGCGGCUACCACGACGCCGGGUACGCCCACUACGCCGGCGGUGGAGACAGCUACAGCUACCCCUCAGGGCAGUAUGUCAUUGUAGGAGAUGGUCGUCUGCUGAAGGUGAAAGCAAUCGGUAGCAUCAACCUCAGCUUUUUCCAGGAAGGCUCUGCUACCGUAGUACCUUCGAGUGAGAGCGUCCCGCCCACUGGUCCAACCAGUGUAGUACCUGCGAGUGAGAGCGUCCCGCCCGCCGGCUAUGCCGACGUAGUACCUUCUUCGGCUUCCGGUUUUGAGUGUGUGGGUACUUUCCCGGGUAUGGAUCUUGGAGAUACGAGUGUGCUCACCGACGAGCAGCUCAUGGAUGGCUAUGAUGACACCCCAUAUCAAGAUUUUUUCCCCGUAUUUAUCCCAGAGAGUGACGCUGCGAAUGUGGCUGGUGUUUUGGAUAGCAUUGACGGAGGUUCUGAUUUUGACUUGGGUGCGGCCGCGCUUGGCCCUGGUGCGUCCCCGUUCACUCUUGGAUCGACCGAAAAGUCCGUUGACAUCAACCGCUUCCACCGCUCCCUUGCCCACGCUUGCGAGCCUCUUUUGAGAGAAACUGCCCAGCAGAGAGGCAUCGUGCUCACCGGCAAGCUGGAACCGUGCACGGACUGCAUGAAGGCGAAGGGCAGGCGAGCGUCGGUGCCGCGGGGGCCGGGAGCGAGGGCGUCCAAGCCUCUCGGGCGUGUUCACCUGGACCUGUGUGGACCGCUGGUGCCUUCCCUGGGCGGCAACCUCUACCUGUUCGUCGCCGUGGACAGCGCCUCGCGGUGGAACAAAGUCUACGGUCUCCGGCGGAAGUCCGACGCGCUGGCGGCAACGAAAAGGCUGCUGGCGGACGUGGGGCGGUACGACCUCGGACGAAUCGAAUGUUUCCGCGUCGACAACGGCACCGAGUGGACCCGCGGCGAUUUCCGGCGCUUCUGCGACGACAACGGCAUCGGCGUCGAGUUCACCCCGCCCGGCGUCCCGCAGUACAACGGCGUCGUCGAGAGCGCCAUCUGGCGGAUCAUGAAGGCCGGCAUGGCCGCCCGCCGCAGCGCUGGCCGUGUGUUCCACGUCGACUUCGCCUCCAUCCCCGGCCUCGACGAGCGUGGUGACCGUCUUUGGAUGGAAUCGGCGAAGUGGGCCGCCGACGCUCUCAACCAGUCGGCGACCAAGGCCAACCCCGGGCGGCGCUCGCCGCACGAGAUGUUCACCGGCGAGCAGGGGCCGUUCCGCGUGCUGCCGUUCUUCCAGCCCGGCUUCAUGCGCGAGGACCGCCGCACCAAGCUCGACGACCAGGCCACGCUCUGUUACUACCUGAACGGCGGCGACAACCACCCGAGCGGCACCGUCAAGGUCCUCAAGGCGUCCACCGGCCGCGUCGUCUACACCAACAACGUGUCGUGGGUGACGUCGGCGCCAGCCGGCGAGGGGGGUUCCGCUGGUAUCACCGCUGCGCCGACACCCCCCCCGUUCACGCCGCCGGUCGUCUCGAUCAACUUUGGCCCAGCACCGACGCCUUCGACCGCCACACCGCCACCGCCAGCGCCCACGCCGUCGCCCGCUCCCGCUCCCGCUGCCUCUUCGACUCCUGCCGCAACGCCGCCGCCAGCGACCACGCCGCCGCCCGCUCCCACGACUUCACAGCCGCCCUCUGCCACUUCGCCGUCACCGUCGGCGACCCCCGCUCCUGGCAAUCCGUCCUCUGCCUCUCCGCCGUCACCGUCGGCGACCCCCGAUCCAUACCAGCCGCCGCCGCCGCCGGACCCCGCGAUGCCCCCGCUUACGGCUCACGCCAUGCGGCAGCUUCGCCCGGGUACAAAGGCCGAGGGUAUGACAGACCCGCGGCUGCCAAGCCGUACGAGAUCGGGCACGAGGCACAGCACAGGACUCAUCUCGAUGCUAGACAGGAACACUCUGGUGUCGAUGCUGGAGGCUCGGAGCGCGGUGGAUAAGGAGCGCAGGGAGCUGGGGGGGACGGGGGCCGGAGAGCCGGGGGGAACGGGGGCCGGAGAGCAGGCGGGAGCACUCGCAGCAGUGGACCCGGGGGCUGCAGGAGCGGGCUUUCCACUCGCAUUUGCCACGCUCCUCGCCAACCGGGAAGACAUCGACGCCACGCUGCGAGACCAGCGCCCGCCGGAGCAACGCCCUGACCUUCCGCAUUGCCAGGCCAGCGACCUUCGUGUCCCCAAGAGCUACAAAGAGGCCAUGGCGUCGGAGCACCGGCACCUUUGGAGCGACUCUAUGCAAAGGGAGUUUUAUGGCUUGUUGGAAGCGGGGACUUUUACUCCGGCGAAGAUGUUGGCUGCUUUGGCGUGCGAGUUGAACCUCGACUUGUGUCAUUUCGAUGUUGAGCAAGCUUUUGUGCGUUCGGAGUUGGAGGAAGACGUGUACAUGCGUUUGCCGCAGGGAUGUGGAGCUCUAUCAGGAAUGAUUGUAAAACUAGGCAAGAGUCUGUAUGGCUUAAGACAGGCAUCUAGGCAGUGGCAUGCAAUGCUGAAGAGGUGUUUGGUGGCGUUAGGAUUUGAGCAGUGCAUGGCCGAUGCUUGUGUGUUUCGUUUGAUUGAGGAUGGAUGUGUUGUUUUGAUUUUGGUUGUACAUGUAGAUGACAUCUUUGCUGUUGGAGAGAGGGAGAGAUGUGAUAAGUUUGGCGCUGACCUUAACAAGUCCGUGCCAGUGAAGAACCUGGGAGAGUUGAGAUGGUAUUCUGGGUGCUUUUACGAGAGGAAUAAGGAGACCGGUAGGUUGACGAUUUCUCAGCAGACUUUCACGGACGAGCUAGCAGCAGAAUAUGGAGUAGUGGGAGGUAGGAGCGUUCCGAUGUCUUCGGGUGUGAAGCUUUCUGAUUUUGAUGCGGAUGAGGUGGCGACAGAGUUUCCGUUUCGUGAGCUGGUAGGAUCGUUGAUGUGGCUGGCGACUCAGACUAGACCAGACAUUGCGAAUGCAGUAAGGGCAGUAGCUAGGUAUUGCGCAUCUCCGAAGCUGGUACACUGGAAUGCAGCGAUGGAUAUUUUGGGCUAUGCGAGGAGGACGAGUCACUUUGGUAUUUCGUUUCAGAGAGGUACGGUAGAGGGAUUCAGCUUGCAGGGAUACGCUGAUGCGGACUUUGCAAGCAAGGCAGCAGACCGUAGGUCGGUAUCAGGGGGGAUCGUGACGUGUGGAGGAGGCGCUGUGUCUUGGUUUUCCAGAACGCAAAAAUGCGUCACGCUUUCGACGACAGAAGCAGAGUACGUCGCGCUAGGCGACGUAGUGAAGGAGAUUUUGUUUUUGAGGCAGAUUUGGCGUUUCAUGUUGCCGCAGGUCGGCAUGCCGUGCAUCCCCGUCUUCGAGGACAACCAGGGGGCGAUUCAACUAGCGCAGAACCCCAUCUCGAACUCGAACUCGAAGCACAUUGAUGUAAGGCACCAUUUUCUCAGGGAACUGUUAGAGAGGAAGGAAAUUUCGGUGAUUCACGUGCCGUCUCCGCGUACCAGCGUGCAGACUUUCUUACGAAAAGUUUGCCCAAGGAUGCGUUCGAGUCUCACCGUGAUUUUGUGA